CAAUCAAUAAACAACAAAGAUUUUCGACACCAACGUCGUCUUCCACUUAUGAGUUACAAGUAAAACUCUUGAAACGUGUGUUGUGUUUUCAUCACGAGACAAAUCAUACCAUUCUUGACGAACUAGGUCCCGGACUAAACUCUGCGGUCCAGUUUGUCAACUAUUUUCCGCCUCGUCAAUUUCCCCAGCCCUAAUUCCACCAGAAAACAGAACAGAGCAAGCAGGAGAGGGAGAAGCCAAUAGAAACAUACAUACGAACAGGCCCACCGCUCACGCAACGUAGAGGAAGGGACGCAAUGGCAGAGAAAUUGGCUCCGGAGAAGCGUCACAGUUUCGUUCACAACGGCAACACGGUGUUUGAAUGGGACCAAACCCUAGACGAGGUUAAUAUGUACAUAAAGAGGCCGAUGGAAGUUCGUCCGCAGCAAUUCCACUGCGUGAUUCGGUCCAAUCAUCUCACCUUCGGCAUCAAGGGCAGCCCUCCUUUUCUCGACCAUGACCUCGCUCAUCCGGUGAAGGCAGACUGUUCUUUCUGGACUAUAGAGGAUGAUAUAAUGCACAUUACUCUGCAAAAGAGGGAUAAGGGGCAGAUGUGGGCUUCUCCUCUUAUGGGCGAUGGCCAGCUGGAUCCUUAUGCAGCUGAUGUUGAACAGAAGCGCCUUAUGCUCCAGAGAUUUCAGGAAGAGAACCCCGGUUUCGACUUCUCGCAAGCUCAAUUUACAGGGAACUGCCCUGAUCCAAGAACUUUCAUGGGAGGCAUUCGUAACGAUUGACCAUGGGAAUUGUUGUUUUGUCAGGCUGGUGAGACCUGAUUCAGACGAUCUUGCAGACAAUGGCUCUGUAUUAUUGUUAUCAUGCAAGUCAUCCACAUUUGUUAGUUUCAUGCCAAGUUUGGCUUCAGCGAAAACGAUCAACAACCUGCUUUGCUCGUUCUCAAGUUGAAGCUGCAAAAUUUGUAUAUCAUUGUGGCUUGUAAAAUGACAGUUCACUUCUCUGCUCUCAUUCCGAGGAUAGACGAAGCCUCAUCUCUGUUCAAUGAUCCAUCUGUCAUGUCUAUCAGUCCAGACUUUUCUACUGCUGUACAUUGCAGCAAUGUGUUUCUUUAUAUGAGCUGCAUGGUUUGCUUCUCUUUACGACACGUCUCCAUCUUCCCUCUGCACCACCCAUAUGGACUGAAGCAGUUUGAUUACAGGAUGUAAUCUCUGUUUAUGAAUUUAUGAUCAUGCCCAAAAUGUGUUAUCUACUAUGAUUGAAAUGUCUUCCCUACAUUAAAAAAAAAAAAAAAUUUGUCUUCCUUACUAUUUUAUAAUUAGUAAAAUACUGAGUAUGUU